AUGAGUAGCAAGCUGUGGGAAUAUUUCAUUCAAGAUGACGUGGAGAGCUUUGAACGAUAUCUCGCAAAUGCGACAUUUGCGGGACCACGGGCCUCGGGCACGCCGGGCGCAGCGGCCGUCGCCGCGGCGAUGAACCUCUCGUCGAGAACUGGCAGUCCCGGCGGUAUGACUGCUUCAUCUCCGAAUAACUCCAAGCCAAGAAAGGCAUCCAUGUCAUCACCAGGAACUUCCGUUCCCGAACGAGUCGGAUUUCCUCGUGCCAACACGACGCUGACGCGCGCCGACCUGAAUGCUCGCGAUCAUCUCGGCCGGACGCUUCUCCAUCAUAUCGCCUCGUCACCGAAACCGACUGCGGCCAGGUUCGCGCGCGCGAUACUCGAGCUUCCCUUUCUCGACCUUUACGCGCAAGAUUGGGAAAGCGGCUGGACCGCCUUACAUAGGGCUCUCUAUGCGGGCAAUGCCACGAUUGCUCUGGCUCUCAUGGCGCGAGAUACACGGGAUAUGACGGACUACAGCAAGCUGGGUCACACCGGUCCAAUCGGUAGCUUGAUCAAGAUCAAGGAUCGUGAAGGGUACAGUCCGUUCGAUGUAUAUGGGUCGACCAUCACAUCGCGGGACCUCAAGCAAAUGAGCCCGUCUCCGGAACUGCUGCGAUCAGGAACUGCGGACAUUGAAGACAACGAGGCUGCAUCGGAGCUUGGGUCAGAGCAAGGCCCAGAAGAGGAGGACGAUGGCUUCGCGGUACGAAGCGCGUUGAAGUCUCGUGUGGAUUUCGCUGCGGAUGAAGUUUUCACCUUGGGUAGCAACAAAAAUUUGAAUCUGGGCCUCGGAGACCAAGACGAUCGCCAAUUUCCGGAGCGUAUCAUGCUCAACCGCCCCAAUCAUUUGCUAAACCGAUUCUAUAAAGAAUACCAAGAGCAGAUGGAAAAGCUAGGUCUGGAAGACCUGAUUGACUGUGAUGAAGCAAAGGACUUGCCUACCCUCAUCAAGAAUAAGCCUAUGAAGCUUCAGAACAUUGCCAUGUCAAAGCUGCAUACGGCGGUGUUGACCGAUGAUCCUGAAGCGAACCUUUUCAUGUGUGGAUUUGGCCCGGGAGGCCGUCUGGGAACUGGCGAUGAAGCAACUCGCUUUAGCUUCGUCUGUAUCGAGACAGGCGGGCUGGCUGGUAAGAAAGUCAUGUCCGUUGCUCUUGGGCAAGACCACAGCUUGGCCAUCACCGAGCAUGGUGAAAUUUUCAGCUGGGGCAGUAACAAGUUUGGACAGCUCGGGUAUGGUCUGCCGAGGACGAGCAACAAGAACGAUGUUCCCAUCCAAAAUACUCCACGGCAGAUCUUCAAUCCUUUCAAAAAGGAGGUCAUUCUUGGUGCGGCUGCAUCUUCCAUCCACUCGGUCGUCUUCAGUAGCUCAGGCCUCUAUACCUUUGGCAAAAAUGAAGGACAGCUAGGCCUCGUGGAUUCGGACGCUCGGUCUCUGGAAAUACAGAUCACCCCGCGGCGUGUGGGUGCAUCACUUUUCAGAAGCCCUAUCGCCAUGGUCUCCGCUAUUGACCGAGCCACCGCCGUGCUUCUUCAGAAUCACGAAGUCUGGGUCUUUUCACAGUUUGGAUAUUCAAAGAUUUCCUUCCCGCUCGAAGCAAGUUCAAGGUUCAUCCGGAACAGCUUCAUGGCCACGCGCUAUGACGGUGCUGUAAACCGUGUGGUCAAACUAGCGUCCGGUGGCAAUACAAUCUGCGCUCUGUCAAGCUCUGGCGACGUCUUCACGGUCCAUGUGAACAAAUCUGACGACCCUUCUGUUCAAACAUCGACGACUAAUCCGGCCAAGAUCCGCAACUCCCUGGCCGUACCUGAACGGGCCUGGUCCGUAAAAAAAUCACAUAUGGCAGCCAAGGAUGUCGAUGUGGGCCAAGAUGGCUCAAUCAUAAUCUGCACUGCCUCGGGCUCUGCCUUUCGAAAAGAGAAACGAAAUAAGACAAAGGAUGGCGCGUCCAAAGAUUUUAAGUUUGCCCGCGUUCCGGGGCUUUCCAGAGUGGUAGCAGUCCGAAGCAACGCUUUUGGGGCUUACGCGGUCGCCCAGCGCGACUGUGACGUGACGCGAGAGCAGAUUCACAUCGACAGAAGCUCUUUGUGGGAUGAUCUCCUACCUCUUUCGCCAUUCAUCACACCCAUGUCGGGGGAUGUUGAAUCAGUCUUGAACGAAGACGGCACAGGUGAUCCAACUCCACUGACUGCUGCGAUGGUGAUAAAGAGGGCAAUGCUUAUAUCGUCUGAGAUUGAAACCCAAUUCCUACCGAUUCGCAAUGAAGGGAUGGUUUGGAUGACGAGCUCAAUAUCUGAUCUACGGAUCCCCGUUCACGAGUUUCUCCUUGCUGGUCGAAGCCCUGUAAUUCGGAAAGCAUUGCACGAGUUUCGCGAAUCAUAUUACUCAGCUGUCCCCGAAGUACUCGACAUCGAGUACGACAAGGAUGGCGCGACGCAGAUUCGGCUUCUCGGUGCUGAUUUCCUAACCGUGAUGAAUGUUGUCUUCUUCCUUUACACGGAUAGUAUUCUGGACGUCUGGCAUAAAGCCAAGAGCUCUCCGCAGAGCGCAGCCCGAUAUCGUCAAGUUCGCAUUGAGGUCAUGAAGAUGGCGACGCAUCUCGGCUUGCCUGCGCUAGAGCGGGCUGCUAGAUUGAUGGUUGAGCCUCAAAGGACCCUCAAGACUGACAUGGCGCAUGCGAUUGAACAUCCAUCCUUCUUUGAUGACACAGAUGUGAUUAUUGAUCUGGCUCAAGGGGAAACCGUCAACGUGCACAGUCAAAUGGUCUGCCAGCGUUGUCCGUUCUUUGACGCCUUGUUCAAUGGUCGCUCGCGGGGUGGAUGGAUCGCCUCUCGGAGGACCAGUCCUUCUGACAAGGUGCAUGUGGAUUUAAAACACAUUAACCGAUCCACAUUUGACUUUGUCCUCCGUUAUCUCUACGCGGACACAGAAGAGCGACUCUUUGACCAAGUUCGAUCCAAGACUCUCGAUGACCUCAUCGAUUUGCUUCUGGACGUUAUGUACGUGGCCAACGAGUUAAUGAUCGACCGGUUAUCGCAAAUCUGCCAGAAGAUGCUUGGACGCUUUGUUCACACACGAAACAUUUCUUAUCUUCUUAACUCGGUCGCACCCGUUUUUGUCCCUGAGUUCAAAGAAGCAUCUUUGGAGUAUAUCUGUCUUAACCUUGAGGCUAUGCUUGCCAACCGUUACCUGGAAGAUCUGGACGACGACCUUCUCAAGAGGCUUGACAAGGUCUGUCAGGAAAACCAACUGGCAUGUUUCCCUGUCUCGCGCGGCCGUAACUCGGAGGACUACGUGUUUGAAAAGUACCCGGAGCUUGCGGCCACGGUCGGGGUGGACAGGCAGCGGCGGAUUGAUGCAAUGACUUUGCAGUCUCGUCUGAGCGAAUUUGAACCAUAUGAUCCUCGACCCCGGGGGCACCCCGCCGAAAAGUUUGGCGCGUCGCCCCUCGCACGGAAAUCUAAGGCCUCGGUCUCUAGAGACAUAGAAAGCUCUAUGAACAGCCCGAUGCUCAAACCGAGGCAAUCCACCAACGAUCUCAUGUUCCAGAUGGAUGACGAGACGAUGCUUUCGCCUGGAGACACCGGAAAGGGGAAAGCUGCCAUGCGUGGUCUUGGCAUCGAGGACCGAUCGUAUCCAGACUCGCCUGCGAUGGGAGCUAGUAUGCCUGAGGGUGGAUCGGUUGAGGAUGGCACCUACUUUGACGAGCGCAUGUCGUCGCCUCAUGUGGGUAUGCUCUCGGUGUCUCCCUCGGAAACAAGGGCGGUUUCCAUGCAAAGAAAGCGAAGUGCAGUGUCGCCUGGAUCGGGCGCUGCGCCUUGGGGCUCCACUGUCACGCUGAACGGCAAAAAGGACCUGAAAGAUAUCAUGGGCGAGACAUCACAGACUCGGGUAUCCAAUCUCACUUUGGGAAUGGAGAACCGACGAGAAAGUAGCGGCACUUUCAACGCCAAGCCGUCACAGAAGGAACGGAAGAAGAUGCAACAACAGCAAAUGCAAGAAAGGCUCGCCGCGCAGCAGAAAUCCAAGGAUUCUCCCAAGAAUCCUUGGCAAUUACCACCGCCAGCUACCUCCACGUCACCCAUCAAGGAUCCUCUACCUGGUCAGAACGGCGUCGCCAAAGCGGCGGCACCAGAAUCUUCGAAAUCCACCCCACAAAAGCCCGCAAUGACUCUACGACAAACUGUCGCAGGUACACCUCCACAGCAAUCUAUGCCCAUGGCCACGCCCGUACGCAGUUCCAACCGUAAUGUCUCGGCCAUCUCAGCAUCUCACUCCUUCUCCAAACCCUCUCCCUCCGCUGCCCCAACAUCUCCCCCACCAGGAUCAGCACUGCCCACGCCCGCAAUCGCAACCCAACCCAAAGCUUCUCCGCAGCCUUCCAUCCAAUCUAUUCGGCACAUUCCACGCCCGGAUCCCAAUAUGCGGUCUCCCUCCGGAGGUUCCCUCUCCCUCGCCGCAAUCCUUCUCCAGCAACAGUCUGAAAAGGACGAAAUCCGCGAAGCUGCAACCGCCAAGCAUAACCUCCAGGAGAUUCAAGCUGAGCAGGAAUUCCAGCAAUGGUGGGACCAGGAAAGUAAACGUAUUCAGGGACUCCUUGGAAAAGAAUCUCCUAUUCAAGCCGGUGGAAAAGGUGGCGAUGGCACUGGUCGUGCGAAUGCUGGCCGUGGCGGUCGAGGCGGGAAAACUUCUUCCGCCUCAGCAGGAACUUCGCGCAAACGUCGAGGAAAUAAGAAUGCUCCUGCUCCAGCUCCAGCUCCAGUUGGCAGUACAGGCAAUACAGAUGGUACCUCAAACGACAAUGGACAUUCAGCGCCCUCCCAAAUACCCCCUACCAAUCCCCGAAAACACGCAAAUGUGCCCAAUCAGGCUCACGGACAGGUUUCCGUGCCUGGCAAUCGCUCUUCAGAGUCGAAUCGCGGCAGGAAUGCCCGGCGCGGCGGCGGUGGUCCCACGGGCAACCAUCGCGGCAAAGGCAAAGAGCGAGGUCGAACGGAGCAAUGA